AUGGAUAGAUUUUUUAAACGAAAAUCUCUGUCGGUUGUAGAAGAUGUUGAUAGGGAAAAAUCAAAUAGUGUUACUUUUGAUAUUACACAACUUCCCACCGAUCCUGGACUAAGGAUUCCAAUUUUGGAUUACGAUGUUAAUAUUAGAGAUCAAGUCCGGAUAGCUUAUAUGCAAAAAGGUCCGUGUCAGCCUCUAGAUCAUGACUUUCCAUAUAGACCAUUUGGACAGACACAAACUAGACGAUUCAAUCCUGCUUGGUUUAAAGAGUUUGGUAGUUGGUUGGAGUAUAGUGUAUUAAAAGAUGCUGCUUUUUGCUUGUAUUGUUAUCUAUUCAAAACAAGUGUGGGUAAACAAGGAGGAGGCGAUACUUUUGUUAGUGAAGGAUUCUCGUAUUGGAAAAGUAAAGACAAGCUUAAUAUUCAUGUUGGGGAUCAUGAUAGUGCACACAAUAAAGCUCGUAUCAAGUGUGAGACUUUGAUGAAUCAAGAGCAACACAUUCAGUCAGCUUUCUUCAAGCAGUCAAAACAAGUACGAAGUGACUAUCGUAUUCGUCUUACUGCAUCAAUUGAUUGUAUUAGACUUUUGUUGCGACAAGGGCUUUCGUUUCGGGGUCAUGAUGAAUCUGAGAAUUCAAAGAAUCUAGGUAACUUUUUAGUCCUAUUGCAAUUUCUAGGUGAUCAUAAUGAUGAGAUUAAGGCAGUUACAAUGAACAAAGCUCCUUUAAAUUGCAAAUUAACAUCUCCCGAUGUUCAGAAGGAUAUUGUAAGUGCUUGUGCUGCUGAAACGAUCAAUGCUAUUAUCAAAGACAUUGGGGAUUUAUUUUUCUCUAUUCUAGUUGAUGAAUCUCGUGAUGUGUCAACAAAGAAGCAAAUGUCAAUUGUUUUACGUUAUGUGAACAAUAGUGGACAAGUAAAUGAACGUUUCAUUGGUUUUGAGCAUGUUUCUAGUACUACAGCUCUCUCACUUAAGGCUGCAAUAAACAAGACAUUUUCUAAAUAUAACUUAAGCUUGUCUAGAUUGAGAGGACAAGGUUAUGAUGGGACAAGUAAUAUGCAGGGUGAGUUCAAUGGUCUCAAAUCACUUAUUUUAAAAGAGAAUCCUUGCGCCUUUUACAUUCAUUGUUUUGUUCACCAGCUUCAGCUAGCUCUUGUAGCCGUGGCAAAGAAGAAUACUCCAAUUUCUAACUUUUUUCGUUUGGUUACUGAUGUGGUCAAUAUUGUUGGAGCAUCGUCUAAAUGUUGUGAUCAUCUUCGAGAGAAACAAACAAAUAUUGUUGCAAAAGCAUUGGAGAAUGGUGAGAUUUUAAGUGGAAUGGGACUUAAUCAAGAAACUACCCUUCAGCGUUCUGGUGAUAUGCGUUGGGGUUCACAUUAUAAUUCUUUGAUCAGCUUGCUUGCCAUGUUCUCAGCUGUUAUUGAUGUGCUUGAAAUGAUUAGUGUUGAUGGAUCAAAUUCUGAUAAAAAAGGUGAAGCAUAUAAUUUGUUAGAGUCAAUAUUAUCAUUUGAUUUUGCAUUUAAUCUACAUUUGAUGAUAAUUGUUUUGGUGCACUACAUUGAUGUUCCAAACAUGGAUGAUAUAUUUAUACGCCGUGCAGCUCGUGGUCGCCCACAACGUCAAGCUCCAAAAAUAACAUAUUUGCAUCAUUUCCGUGUAGAUUUAUUCUAUGCUGUCAUUGAUAUGCAACUUCAAGAGUUGAAUGAUCGUUUCUCGGAGGCAAAUACCGAGCUGCUUCUUUGUGUAGCAUGUCUAUGUCCAAAAGAUUCAUUCUCUGCUUUUGACAAUAAAAUAUUGAUUCAACUUGCUGAGUUUUAUCCAGAAGAUUUUUCAUCAAUAAAUCUCCUAACACUUGAUGAUCAACUAGAAACUUUUAUUUUUAAUAUGCGCUCUAACAAAGAGUUUGAAGGAUUGAAAGGCCUUGGUGAUCUUGCAGAGAAGUUGGUUAUGACGAAAAAAAACAUAAUAUAUCCGUUGGUGUACAAACUUCUGACUUUGGUACUAGUUCUUCCGAUUGCUACUGCUACUGUCGAGAGAGUAUUUUCUGCAAUGAACAUUGUGAAGGAUAGAUUGCGCAAUCGAAUGGGAGAUCAGUGGAUGAAUGAUAGCCUAGUUGUUUAUGUUGAGAAAGAGAUAUUUUCGAACAUUGAUAAUGAAGUUAUUAUACAACGUUAUCAAAAUAUGAAAAAUCGCAAAGAACUAUUAUAA